UGUCUUGUCCUUGUGUGUGCCUGGGGGGGUCUAGUCCAAUGCCUAUCCAUCAGCGGCGGGGCCACGUCACCCUCCGCUUGGGCCCUCGCCCAUGCCUCUAACACCACCUGAGCCUGACCUGGAACCAAAAAUGAACUGGGCGUCCUUUUAUGCCGUGAUCAGCGGCGUAAACAGGCACUCGACGGGCAUCGGCCGCAUCUGGCUCUCCGUGCUCUUCAUCUUCCGGCUGCUGGUGCUGGUGGUGGCGGCCGAGAGCGUGUGGGGCGACGAGAAGGCCCACUUCACCUGCAACACGCAACAGCCCGGCUGCAACAGCGUCUGCUACGACCACUUCUUCCCCGUCUCCCACAUCCGCCUAUGGGCCCUGCAGCUCAUCCUGGUCUCCACGCCGGCCCUCCUGGUGGCCAUGCACAUCGCCCACCGCCGCCACGUCGACAAGCGCCUCUACCGCCAGUCGGGCCGCUCCAGUCCCAAAGACCUGGAGGCCAUCAAGACCAGGAAGAUGAAGAUCACCGGCGCCCUCUGGUGGACGUACAUCAUCAGCCUUGUGUUCCGCGUGCUGUUCGAGUCGGCCUUCAUGUACCUCUUCUACAAGCUCUACCCGGGCUACAAGAUGUUCCGCCUGGUCAAGUGUGACUCGUACCCGUGCCCCAACACCGUGGACUGCUUCGUCUCCAGGCCGACGGAGAAGACGGUGUUCACCGUGUUCAUGCUGGCCGUGUCCGGCAUCUGCAUCCUGCUCAACAUCGCCGAGGCGGUGUACCUGGUGCUCAAGGCCUGCAACAACACGCUCAACUCCAAAGACUCGCCCAUAGGCGCCUGGAUCACACAGAAACUGUGCUCCUUUUAACGUUGGGCUUUUACUGCUUUCAGACUUUUGCUUCAGACUUUCAUGCUUGCUUUUGUCACUAAAAGGGAUUAAGUGCAUUACAUCAACACGGAGUA